CUUGAAACAAUAAAAGGCAGUUGAACGUUGAGCCAAAAUUUUCUUCGACUGGCGUCGAACGCAUGCGCGAAGGUUCAGUCGACGACGGUUCAACGGUCCGAUCUUGCUGUCGCCUCUGAACGAAUCCUUUUUCCUGGGAUAUCGCAGAAGAAAUGGUGAAAUUAACGCCGGACCUGAUACAGCAGUCGAUGCAAUAUAUCAAUCCUGUACGGGAUCGCGAAUUGGACUUGAGAGGAUACAAAAUACCUACGAUAGAAAAUUUGGGAGCAACUUUGGAUCAAUUCGACACGAUAGACUUUUCCGACAAUGAUAUAAGAAAGCUGGAUGGAUUUCCAUAUUUGAAAAGAAUCAAAACGCUUUUUUUCAAUAAUAAUCGCAUAGUCAGAAUCGCAGAAGGUUUGGAGCAUUGCAUACCCAAUCUGGAAACGUUGAUGUUGACUGGAAAUAUGAUUCAAGAACUCGGCGAUUUGGAUCCGUUAAUACCGCUUAAACACCUUACAAAUUUAUGUUUAUUACAAAAUCCUGUCUCGGCAAAGCCACAGUACAGACAAUACAUAGUGUACAGAUUUCCACAAUUGAGGUUAUUAGAUUUUAGAAAAAUCAAGCAGAAAGAACGAGAGGCUGCUAUCGAAUACUUCAGAAGUAAGAGAGGCAAAGAAAUGGUACGCGAAAUAGCUAAGAAAGCGAAAGCGCAAGCGCCGGGAACGUCUUUGGAUAAACCCGUAACGAGCGCGGACGAACGUAACAAAAUUAAAGAGGCUAUAACCAAUGCCACGUCUUUGGAAGAGGUGCAGCGACUCAGCAAACUGUUGCAAGCGGGACACAUACCCGGAGAAGAGAGGCUUCAGAACGGAAACAACGCGUCCGAAGCCAUGGAAGAAGAGGAAGAUGACUAAAUUAAACAGGUUUACACACGUGUAUGUGUGUGUGAUACGUAUAUAUAUAUAUGUGUGUAUAUAUAAUAUAUAUAUAUAUAUAGCACACGCCAUAUAUAUAUAUAUAUAUAUAUAUAUACGUUUAUGGUGUAUAUAUAUAUAUAUAUGUAGGUGGCGGCAAAUCUGUAAGUAUUCUAUAGCUACCAAGGAUAUUAAUACAAGGAUGGUGACUCUUCGUUGAGCUGAUAAGAAGCUACAUACUACCGAUUAGUUUUCGACAAAUUUUCAUAUGUAUAUAAAUAUUUUUUUUGUAUGAAUUAAAUGGUACAAAUGUGUUCUAUCACGACCUUGAAGCGAU